GCUGUGGUUUCGCUUGGAGCAGUCGCCUUCUCUUCGCUGGACGAAUUAGUAGUGGGACGUUGCUUAGUCGAGUGCAAGUUUCGAUGUGGCAGCGGCAACGCAAUCAAUUUAUUACCGUUUCCAAAUCAGUGGAAUAAAGGUUUGGUACAGUACAGUUGACCUCGUCUCCGAAGGAUAUUAUAUCCCGACUCGAUUCAACGUGAGAGACCGGACCUUACCCAGCCAAACGAUGGACGAAGGCCUCGAGUCGUCUGGCCCAGCCUUGUCUGGAGCCUCGCAAUUUCUGAGCGCAUAUGCCUCGGCCGAUUCCAUUUCUCGUGCAACGUCGCCUGGUCUCCCGCUGUCAGAUAUCGACGAAACUACCGAUAAUGGGAAACGCCACCGACCGCGAACAUUCCCUUACUUCGACUUACUACCGUACCCUGUCGAAGAGGAAGAACAGCGGGAUGCCGCUCUACAAGGAAUACUCAAGCAGCUCUACAUCGCUGUCAAGGCUGAAGACUUCUCGCCAGGAGCCCUGCACUGGACGCGACAGCUCCAGUCCUGGCUUGAUCUGAAGUUCGACAUGCCCAGAGAACUUCGGGGCAGGCUUGCGAAGCUUUACUUUCACCUUUCGUUAGCUCCCGGUUUAGACGCGACCGCCGCAGAUCGCUUCUCCAAGAUGGUGACGACCCUAACAAGGAGAAAGCAUCUUCUAAAGCCGCAAGAUGACCUCAUCCUCGAUUGGAGGCCCUUAUGGAAGGAGAUAAAGUCUCUUGUGUUGCCGCAGGAAGCGCCGGCCCAUCACUCUGCGAGACGACGAGGCCUCAAAUACCUCUGGAAGCUUUGUCUGCAAUCCAACACCUACUUCGACCCCAAAGAGAGGAGAGUCAUGCUGGAGGAGAUUCUGCCCUUUUUUAGCACGUCAGAUCUUCAAAAUGCUUUCAUCGUCAUCGGAACUCUGAAUAUUCUGAUGCCCACUACACCCGCUCCUGCCAUCGAACCCCAGUCUCAACCCUCUGACUUCGUGCCGACUUUCUUUCACCUCUGGUCGCUUAUGACUCGAUCCAAAGUCAUAGACAUCGCGUUCCUCGACACGUUUUCGCGCAUGGCUAGAGAUUACCUGACUUGCCAACAUGUUCCAUUCUCUGAGCAUGGUAUCUUCACUCGAGAACAGUCAGAUCUCAUUUUUACUUCCAUCCUACGCUUGACUGAAAUCCCUGUAGGCCAGGCGAACUCUCCAUACACUUCUCUGGACUAUUCAUCCGGGAUGGGUGUGUUUUUGGAAAGGGACCGCAAAAAGCAUCCCAUCUCCUACACUAUCGCUCGCUGGGUUGUGUCAUCCCUGUCUCCGCAAUGUCUAGAUAAAGACAGCUCCAUACUCAAUAGUCUGGAGGGACUUAUGGAGUCUAUCGACACGUUCUUCCAUCCAUCUAACCAGGGUGCUUGGACAAUCAUGCUGGCACAGCUGACCUUUUAUCUCACAGAGAUGUUUGUGUCCCGUUGGAACAAAGAACAGAGGGGCGAACAAGACACGCCAGUAGAACGCAGGUUGACCGAGGAGCUCAAGCAGCGCUUCGUUUUGAGUCUUCGUGAUGUCACUUUCAUGGGAGUGUUUGCCAAGAGUACCAAGGUGACGCAUAUGUAUUUUGGUGCUCUCCAAAACAUGGCCUAUCUUGAGCCCGACUUGGUGUUGCCUGGUGCGCUCCAACGAUUCUACCCGAGUUUGCAAGGUCUGGUCGAAGUUCACCGGACGACUUCAAGUCUCUGCGGCUUGCAAAUGAUUGCCAAUGUCAUGGCCAGGCAGAAAGGUUUCAGGUGCCACAUCACUGCCCUGCUUGCUCUUGCUCUGCCGGGCAUUGACGCCAACGACCUGAACAAAACUCAGUACACACUAAAUCUAAUCCAGACAGUCGCGUACAGCAUCCCGUUUGUGAACUUGGCCAAAGAGACCGACAAGAUUCACGACACCACUUUGGCGAUGCAGUGGGUCCAAGGAGAAAUGGAGCGAAUGGAGCGGGAGGGCCAGGACGUCAAGAUUGACUACAAGAAUGAACUCAGCGAUGAGGAUGAGGCCAACAUUGUCCGUUCUUCUACGGCGGGCUUUGGCGAAUUUGUCAUUGCUCUGCUCGGCAAGGUGUUCACCCUGUUGGAAAAUCUGCCGGAUUCGUCUCAUCUGCGUACUGGGUCACCUGAAGACAACAUCAUCAAUACUUUACCCUCUGCUCUCACACCGAUGUUUGCCUCGUUGUCCCCCGAGUUGUUCGAUAUGGCUCUGGACAAGUUGUCGACCUUUGUUUCAACUCAUGUCGUUCAUCAAGCUCGCGACGCCAUGGCGUGGAUUUGCAAUGCGCUUUGCAAAGUCAGCCCAGAGAAAACACUGAAAAUCUUCACUCCAAUGCUCAUCGUGAAUAUUCGGAACGAAAUUGAUUACAAUGGUGCGGCUUCGGAUCGAAGCAGCGGUACUGAGGUGCUUCCUCGAGAUCGCGCCCUAGUUUGGCAUGUCAGCAUGUUAAGCAUGUGCGUUGUUCACGUGGGCAGCGAAGUGCUCAAGUACAAGAAAGAGCUCUUCGACAUCGCACAGUACAUGCAAGAAAACUGCCGCGGUCUCCCGACUAUCCAUAUAAGCAACUAUAUUCACCAUCUACUUCUCAACUUGACGCAUACCUACCCGAUCGACAAUGCCUUAUAUGAGCCUUCAGUAAUUGAGCGAGGCUUGGAUGUUGAUGACUGGGGAAAGACGACAGCCCCGGCCGACUUGUCGAUCCGGUGGCAUCGAUCGACGGCGGAUGAGAUCCAAUUUGCUGUUGAGUUGUUCGAAUCCCAGGCCGAGGGCGCCAUGCUGAGGUUAGAGUCCUUCAUGAGCGACGAUCCACCCGUGAGCAGAAAGGGAAAGAAUAAAGAAUGGUCUGACGAGGUUUCUCGUCAACUUACACAAUUGCGCCUGGUCAUCUCAGGUGUUGCGACACUGUUCGACCCAAAACAUGCCUCGGGUGAGGCUAACGGCCACCUGACUGGGACUCAUGUCGAUGACGAUGGCGAUGAGAAAAUGGGAGACAGCGAAGACGAGGAGGAUAAUCCACUUGCCGAGGCCGGUGAAGACGACGACGCACGUCCCCAGUACAAGUACCAAAGCGGGUAUUUACUCACCAACGACAGCGCUCUAUAUAGUCGCAUACACGAUUUGCGAGACAACAUCGGUCGUCUUCUCUCGAGGACGCACUCCUUCUUGAACACGAACCAGGAAGAUGACGUGUCCUGCUUUACUGCGCUUUACUCUACCUACCGGACGUGGAUCACGGAUGUCGGGUUCGAGAGAUCCGCUCACCCUCUCGAGAGGUUGCAAAGACUCUACAAGUCAGAUAUCGGUCCCUUCAAGAUUAGCGGCUUGCGCAAGGCUUACCCAAGGCCUUUGCUGAUCAAGCGAGCCGAUGCCUACCAGCUGCAACGUGUCAAGCACAACGCCUCGGUCCGGAGGAAGAGUGCGAUGGACAAGCGGCUGCUCCUUGACUUGGCGGAAUCUUCUGUCUCCUCAUAUGCGGAUGUCCGAAGGGUAGCACAGGGUGCACAAGACGCCUCUCUCAAGGUGUUGAUUGGCGGUCGACCCUUAGUCAUCCCCGUGGUCCUCGAAAGGUUCCGUAAAGCCCUUGACGAAACUGACCACGACCGCAUCAAAGGCGCUAUGUACACUCUACUGUUUACAAGCUUGCUCAAAACUUUGAUGCGAGAUUGGAGAUUUGCCCCGGAUCUCUUGCGUCUGUAUAUCAAAACCGCUGGUGUCGACAAGGCUUCUAUCCAGCAACUCGGCUCGACCGCUCUGUACCGCAUGAUAGAAUUUGGGAAGCGUUUUGAACUGAUGGUGCUAUUAGACAAUAGCACGGUGGACUUGAUCAAGCCGUCAGAGGAUUGUUCGAAUGUCAUCGAGUCCAGGCACGAGUUUAUUGUUGAGCGCAGGAGGAAGGUCGAAGAGAAGAAAGGAGCCCUCGGUCUCGAGCUGAUAGACAUCGCACGUGAGUCGCACUGGAAGACUGCUAGCAGAUGUGCUAUAUUUGCGACAAACCUGUGUUUGCGCUUUGAUACCAUUGCGCCGCCUCAAUUUAUCGAGCUUGUCGUCGAUGGCACCAACGAUCCGCAUCCUGGACUUCGGGCUAGUUACAAUGCUGCAUUCUCCAAUGUGUUCACCGCUAUCGACCAGCGCGCAGUCUACAAUCACUCGUAUCGUGACUUCUUGGAAGAAAAGGAAAAAGACUCGAACAAGAUCGUCGUGCCAGUACCCAAGGGCGACACCAAGUUUACACACCGUUUCCUGGACGAUUUUACACACCCAGAAAAUGCCGAGUACUUUGUCGACACAGAUCACGCGGGCUGGCUGGUGUGGGGAAAGCAAUUCAACGCCUUCAGAGCAAAGCCGAAUCGUUUUGAGGCCUAUGAUGAAGUCGAGAUCGCUGCGAGGCGGCAAAUUGGCAAAUUGAUGACCAAAGAAUGGCUGGCGAAGUGUUUUGAUUACUUGAAGCAGGAGCCUCGUGACUCGUCCGCUGAUAGAUUCCGGACCCAAAACGUGAUACUCUUGAUGCACAUUUUUGAUCUUAUGAAUUACGGUGAAACGGAGGUCACAUUCGAGGAUAUCAAGGCGUUGACUGCGGAGGUGUACGGCGACGGCAGCGACAAGCAUCAGCACCGAGCCACAUCGGAGAUUCUCGGUGCAAUGUUGGCUGGCUCUGCAGAUGACCCUGUUGAGAUGAGAGAUCAGGCCUGGGGUUUUGCUCAGCCUAUGAUCCUGAACAUUUUCGCCGACAGUUUGACACCUGAAAACCUCACCUACUGGAUCACUUGUCUCCACUUCGUCAUCGACACCAAGGACCCGCGUCGAGCCCAUGAGAUCGUUCAAGCGCUCAGUUCAUUCCGUCUCGACAUGAAUUCAAAUGCAGCCUUCAAAGAAUCAUCCAAGGUCCAAUUACUGGAUAUCCUCAUCAAUGAUUGCGGCUGGCAUUUCCGUCAUGAGAAGCCAAUUCUGGAAGAUUUCCUGGCCCAUAUCGACCAUCCUUACAAGUCCGUCAGAGAGUCAAUUGGCCGCGUCAUAGCUAGUGUUUAUCGCACGCGAUAUCACGAGUCCUUCGAGAAUGUCACGGCUCUACUGGAUCUCAACAAAGCAGAGUCUGCGACCGGUCUGGGUAUACGGCCGUAUAAGGCAACCGAAGAAUUUGUAGCCACCAUCAAGCAAGUAUUUGACCAUCUCGAGGCUUGGAGACACGAGCGCGAACCAGGCCAACAGACACCAUCCUCCUAUACCUCUGGAUCAAAGACUGUUUUGACAUGGCUCGACAAUACCCUCUCGUCCCAGGACUGUACACAGCUUAUCCAAUUCUUCCCCGACCCAUUCAUCGACCAACUUCUACACAUGAUGGAUGUGAAGGAAGAUCCAGAGCUCAUGCGCCUCGCUUACCACGUCUACCGCCACCUGCCCAACAUUCCCUUCCGAGCAGGGGAGGAUGCACCUUUCAUCGCUGCACUCAUUCGUCUGGGCAAGGGAGCUACAUCGUGGCAUCAACGUCUCCGUGCACUGGUCAACAUGCAAGUGAUCUACUUCCGUCGCUUAUUUUUGACAGAUGCUGCUCAGCGGGAGCUUCUGUUUGACGCGGUGGGGGAUAUGCUGGGAGAUCCACAACUUGAAGUACGCACUGUGGCAAGUGCUACGCUUGCCGGUAUGAUACGGUGCUCGCCCGCCGCCAUCCGGAACCCCAUCAUUACCACGCUCAAGCAGCGUUUCGAAACGCAACUUGCUCGCAACCCCAUGCCAAAGAAGAAGAUCCCAGGGACAGACACGCCUGUCAACGUCACACAGCAGGUUGUUAUGAGACAUGCUGCAGUUUUGGGUCUGGGGGCGUUGAUUGAGGCUUUCCCGUACGCGACGCCGCCUCCAAGCUGGAUGCCCGAGGUGCUAGCUCUGUUAGCUAGGAAGGCUGCUAGUGACCCUGGUGUGGUUGGCAAGGCGACAAAAUCCAUUCUGGCUGAAUUCAAGAAGACGAGACAAGACAGCUGGGGUGUUGAUCAGAAGUAUUUCACCCCUGAGCAACUCGAGGAUCUCGAAGGUGUACUCUGGAAGAGCUACUUUGCUUAAGCAAUAAGUAAGACCUAUCACAGACAGCACACAAAGCGACGGAAAGAAAGACAUACUACACAUAAAAUAUGAUUAGAGACAGCGGAUACAUGUAACAAUAUCAUGUUGUAUUUCUGAUCAAUCAAGUGCGCGAAUUUCGAACAAUGACCUUUCUUGCUGGGCCGCUCCUGGCAGGCGGUUGCGUUGAAUUU